AUGAAAAUCGGCGGUGGUGGCGGUGUUAGUUGGGUGAAAGAAGUCUUUACAAGUGUUACCGUGGUAGAGUGGGAGGAUGUAUUUGUAUCCAUUAGAUCAUCAUCGUUACUCAUAGCAAACAGGCAGUAUUUGUUUUUAGAUACGAAAGCGCCAAAGCGGUGUUUGUUGUUGAUUGUUUUGUUUUGGGAGAAAUAUCUCGUGGAUGGAGUACUUCUUAUGUUUGCUAGUUUAUCUCAACUGGAUGUAGACCAGUCGAAAUAA